GGGAAGAUAAAUUGCACUGUAGGCGUGGUGCGCACCAUCAUCCCCAACCUCUAGAGUGAAAAAAAUAAUAAUUGUAUCACUUUUUUCACUCGCUCACUCUCUCUGCUGCCUUCAAGCAAGCUCCUUCUUUCCUCUCUGUCCGUCCGUCUGUUUGUCUAUCUCUCUCUGUUAAUCACUUCUUAUAUAAACCCUUGAGCUAAUUGAACCCCUGUUCACUCACAUUCACAGAAAAGAAAAAACUCUUAAUACCCAGAAACCAAUAAGCAUACUUUCUCCUGACAUAUAGUUCAAACCUCACAAUUGAGAUCCCAAUUUACAAUUAGCCUUAAUCUGUGAAAAGAAUAUGGAUCCUCCAUUGAUAAGUGAAACAUCUUUCUCCGCAGCUAACCCGUCUUCCUAUACUUUGACUGAGAUUUGGCCUUUUUCAGCACUUAAUGGAGAUGCUAGUGCUGGGUUGGGCCUCCGAGUGGGGAAUUUGAGCGCUGGAUUUGGGGAACGAGAUGGGUCCGUGGAGGAAUCCACCGUGACGGAGCAGAGUGUUGGUGGUGGAAGAAAGAGGAGGGACUUUAGCUCAGAGGAUGAGUCAUCUAAGAUGGUUUCUACUUCCAGUAGUGGCAAUGAAUUGCAAGAUUCAAAUGUUAAGCGAAUGAAAAUAUCAGGAUCUCAAAAUGAGAAUGGUAAAUCAAAAGCCGAAGUGGAAGCAAGUUCUGCUAACGAUAAGAACGCAGCUGAGCAAAACAGUAAAAUAUCUGAGCCACCUAAGCAAGACUAUAUUCAUGUGAGAGCAAGAAGGGGUCAAGCCACAGAUAGUCACAGUCUAGCAGAGAGAGCUAGGAGAGAAAAGAUAAGUGAGAGGAUGAAGAUACUCCAAGAUUUGGUUCCUGGGUGUAAUAAGGUUAUUGGUAAAGCGCUCGUUCUUGAUGAGAUAAUUAAUUAUAUCCAGUCACUUCAGCGCCAAGUUGAGUUCCUGUCUAUGAAGCUAGAAGCAGUCAAUUCAAGAAUGGGCAUGAACCCCACAGUUGAAGGCUUUCAUCCAAAAGAUGCUGAUGCACAGCCAUUUGAUGCAACUGGAAUGAUCUUUGGACCUCAAGUGGCAAGAGAUUAUGCUCAAGCAUCACAUCACGAAUGGCUACAUAUGCAGAUCGGUGGAAAUCUUGAAAGAACAGCGUAAACAAUCAGCAACAUUUGUUCACCCAAUUCUUUACUUACUGAAAAUUCGUGAUUGCCUUGUAUGUCAAGUGCAUAAACGUAUUUCCUACAUGCAUGACUGUUAUCAAUGGUGUAAUCUCAUAUAGUUCGUAGAAAACGCAUCUAAUGCUAUAGUAUUAUCUGACUAAAUUCCUUAUACUAUCUUGUAUUAGUUACUAAACAAAAUCUCCUAGAGAGAAGAUGUUGAAAGGAAAAUACUCACAAGUUCCGAGUGAUAUGAAAGAGAAAGGCAUGAACUCUUGUUAA